CACUGUCCGAGGACCUGGGGGUCAUCUCCAGGCCCCCAAGGUCACUGAUAGCCUCUGGGGUCUCCAGGCUGGUGGAUUCACUGCAAACCCCUCUGUUACCGAGCUGCGCCCCCAAAGCAUCUGCACUGCCAGGAGCCUCCGCUGCCCCUGGGACUCGCUCCAAGGCCCUCCGGCCCCUGGGGUCUCCGCUGCCCCUGGGACUCGCUCCAAGGCCCUCCGGCCCCUGGGUGUUUCCUCUAACACCCGGGGCAGAACUCUGCUGUUCAAGGGAUGAGCUCUGAACACCUUCAUCUCCUGGGGGUCCCUGCAACUCUCACGAGUCAUUCCAAGGAUCUCCAGCCCCUGGGGUCUCGGUUGCUCUCAGACCAUGCCAGGACCUCCGGCACCCAGGCCUCUCCUCCAGCUCUGGGAGUCUCCAUUGCUCUCAGGACGUCCGGGCCCCACAGUCUCCGCUGUCUUGGGACUUGCUGCAAGGACCUCCAGCCCCUGGGUGUCCCCUCUGGCCCCCAGGGGCAGAACUCAUCUGCUCUGAAGAUCUUCAUCUCUGGGGAAUCCCUGCAACUCUCAGGUUGCUCCAAGGACCUCCAGCCCCUGGGGUUCUCCACCACCCUAGGGGUCUCCGUUGUUCUCAGGACUUGCUCUAAGGACCUCCAGCCCCUGGGGUUCUCCUCCACCCCGGGGGUCUCCACCCCCUCAGGACUUGCUCUAAGGACCUCCAGCCCCUGGGGUUCUCCUCCACCCCAGGGGUCUCCGUUGUUCUCAGGACUUGCUCUAAGGACCUCCAGCCCCUGGGGUUCUCCUCCACCCCGGGGGUCUCCACCCCCUCAGGACUUGCUCCAAGGACCUCCAGCCCCUGGGGUUCUCCUCCACCCCAGGGGUCUCCGUUGCUCUCAGGACUUGCUCCAAGGACCUCCAGCCCCGGGUGCCCGCUCUCUUGGGACUCUCCACCCAGCCCCCCGCCGGCGGGCGGCUCCCACCUUUGCCCUCUCUCCUCCGGGACGCCAGCCAGCGCUAGGUUCCUCCACCACCACCACCUUGUCUCUUGCCGCCCCGCCCCGCCCCUCCAAACCUGGGAGGGUGCUUUGUGAUUGGACCGGCCGUUGCCUAGCUACCCUGGGCACUGCGGUGCGAUUGGCCGACGAAGGACGCCCCAGGUGUGAGAUGGUACCUGGCGCCUCUGGCAGCACCUUUAUUUCUUCUUGUCUCUUUGGUUUCCUUAUGUUCUUUAAGACAAAGGAGGUUUUUGGUUAAAGUCUGUGCAGAGUUUUUGGGGGGAGGGGCUCAGCCUGCAAGGGGUUAAUGGAUCUGUGGGGCAGCAGGGUUCCCAGCUCCCUCUUCGGGGUUUGAGCUUUCCAGGAAUAAAUCCAGGGGGGCAGCGUUGGGUCAUGGGGCUCACAGAGUGUAGGGUGGGACCAGCAGCUUGUGGGGAGCAAUGUGAGGGAUUGGGGUAAUGAGAGGCAGUGUGGGGCUGGUGGGGGACAGAGGCGGUAGGGUCAUGGGGUAGUGUGUGGGGCUGGAGGUGGGCAGUGAGGGGAAUAGAGGUCCUGGGGGGAAGUGAGGGGGUCAGGGUCAUGGGGGGCAGUUUGGGGAAUAGGGUCAUAGGCAAUGUGUGGGGCUGGCGGCGGGCAGUGGGGUGUUGGUCAUGGGGGACAGUGUGUGGAGUUAGCUAUGGGCAGUGCUGGGUUCGGGGUCAUGGGGGCAGCGUGUGGGGCUGGCGGGGG